AUGCAUCUCAUCAAAGAAACGAAACCCAGGGCAGCUCAGACCUGGGCGACAGAAGAGAAAGGAAACCCAGGGCAGCUCAGACCUGGGCCACAGAAGAGAGAGACCCCGGAGGUUUCCUUCAGCCCCUGGCUCUUCCUGUCCCUGCCCAGCAUCACAAUGUGGUCGCUCCAAGCGAUCGUAGCCACAGAUCUCCAAGUGAUCCCAGCCAAGGAUCUGGACAGGUUCAUCGAACACCACCUCCUGCCAGACACUGCUUUCCGAACGCAGGUCAAGCAAGCCAUUGACAUCAUCUGCAGUUUCCUGAAGGAGAGGUGUUUCCUCCGAGAUAGAGUCCGGGUGUCGAAGGUUGUAAAGGGCGGCUCCUCGGGCAAAGGCACCGCUCUCAAAGACCGGUCUGACGCCGACCUCGUCGUCUUCCUCAGCCCCCUCAUAAGUUUUCAGGAGCAGUUUGAUCGCCGAGGAGAGUUCAUCCAGGAAAUCAGAACACAGCUGGAAGCAUGUCAGCAAGAGAGAAGGUUUACCGUGAACUUCGAGGUCCAACCUAAAUUUCGGAACCCCCGCGCACUGAGCUUCACGCUCAAGAGCCAUUCUUCCCAGGCGGAGGUGGAGUUUGAUGUGCUGCCCGCCUAUGAUGUCCUGGGUCAGGUGACGGAGUCCUACAGACCUGACCCCGACGUCUAUGUCAGGCUCAUCCGAGAGUGCGAGAGACUGGGGAAGGAGGGCGAGUUCUCCCCCUGCUUCACGGAGCUGCAGCGGGCCUUCCUGAAGCAGCGCCCGGCCAAGCUCAAGAGCCUCAUCCGCCUGGUCAAGCACUGGUACCAAAAGUGUAAGGAGAAGCUUGGACAGUCCCUGCCGCCUCAGUACGCGCUGGAGCUCCUGACCGUCUACGCUUGGGAGCGUGCAGGCCGGGAAACGGACUUCAUCACAGCGCAGGGAUUUCGGACGGUCUUGGAGCUAGUCAUGAACUACCAGCAGCUUUGCAUCCACUGGACACAGUAUUACGACAGUUCACAUCCUGUGAUUGGUCCAUACCUGCGGAGGCAGCUCCAGAAACCCAGGCCUGUGAUUCUGGACCCAGCGGACCCUACAGGAAACGUCGCUGGUGGAAAGCCAGAACGCUGGGAGCCGCUGGCGAGAGAGGCUAGGGUCUGGAUGACGUACCCAUGCUUUCACAAAGGAGAUGGGUCUCCAGUGGGCUCCUGGAACAUAUAGGCCUAAGGAGGCAGCGAAGAUGCCUGGGUAACAUCUGCUCUCAAGACACAUCAGCUCCCCGAUGGUGCACAGCGCCCUGGGUCCUUUCCCGCGGCAUUCACCAGGCAGAGUGCCCCUCCCCGGGCGGAAGAGAACGGAGCACCCACUCACCUUUCAGAUGCAAACCAGCCAAUCAGAGCCCAGACUCCCACUUACCCAGGGCAGGUCCCAGACGACUGGGCACGGCCCCACACUCCAGAGUCCACUGGAAUUCUUCGCACUGGCCCAUCCUAGGCCUGCUUACCCCGCUUGCCUUUCCCGUGGGAACUAUGAUAAAGGUUCUUUUUUUGGUUAAUCCUCACCCACAGAUAUUUUUCCAUUGAUUUUUAGAGACCGUGGAAGGGAAGGGAGAGAC